CCCGCCCUGACUCUCCGUCGGGUCUCCUGCCUGGACUUCAGCAGCAGCGGCAAGUACCUGGCGUCGUGCGCCGACGACCGCACGGUCCGACUGUGGAGCACCCGGGACUUCACGGCCCGCGAGCACCGCUGCCUGCGUGCCAACGUGGGGCUGGACCACGCCGAGCUUGUCCGCCUCAGCCCCGACUCACGGGCAUUCAUUGUUUGGCUGGCGAAUGGCGAGACUAUUCGUGUCUAUAAAAUGACUAAGAAGGAUGAUGGCAGCUUCACCUUCACUGCAACUGCUGGGGACUUCCCAAAGAAGCACAAGGCUCCUGUCAUUAACAUAGGAAUUGCAGAGACAGGAAAGUUUAUCAUGACAGCUUCCAGCGACACUACCAUCCUGAUAUGGAGCCCGAAGGGUGAAGUCCUGGCCAGCGUUAACACUAACCAGAUGAACAAUGCCUACGCCACGGUGUCGCCCUGCGGAAGGUUUGUGGCAUCCUGUGGCUUUACCCCUGAUGUAAAGGUGUGGGAGGUGUGUUUUGGCAAGAACGGAGACUUCCGGGAGGUGGCCAGGGCUUUUGAGCUGAAAGGCCACACCGCUGGCGUGCAUUCCUUCUCCUUCUCUAAUGACUCGAGGAGGAUGGCGACUGUUUCGAAGGACGGGACGUGGAAGUUCUGGGACACAGAUGUGGAAUAUAAGAAGCAACAGGAUCCGUACCUGCUUCUGACGGGGAAGUGCGAGGUGACGGAGCCUUGUCGCAUCGCCCUGUCCCCCGACGCUCGAGUCGUCGCUAUCUCUAGCGGCGCAGACAUUGUUGUGUACAACACAAGACGAGGAGAGGAGGAGGAACGCUUUCUCGGUGUGCACGGACAGUGCGUAACAGACUUGGCUUUUGACACCAACAGCCGCUACCUGGUGUCAUGUGGGGACCGGGCCAUCCGCGUCUUCCACAACACUGCCGGUCACAGGGCAGUGGUGGAGGAGAUGGAAGCCAUGCUGAAAAAAACUGCAAACAAAGCCACCCGAGAGAGGCUGGAGCAGCAGAUCUCCAGUGCCCGCAAAGCGCUGGCUGCAAUCUACGGCAAGAAGCACUAAUCCUCCCCCCACGGUGGCACGUCCCGGCUCUCUACGGUCGCAGGCAGCCGCGUUCUGCCUUUGGGGAUUUGGGGGUUUUUUUUAAUGACACUGACCAACUUGUAAUAAAAGAGCGUGCG